AUGGGCGAUCACGAAAGUUCUCAGAUCAAACAUAACGAGCAUCUGCUGCUUGACCAACCUUUGCUUCGCCUCCCCUCCGAGCUCCUUCGAAAGAACUUCCGCACGGCCCAUUUCACAAUCGAGAAAGACACCACCGCCCUAAAGACAUUACUCAAAGAUUCAGCUACCGCGGCCGUCUCCGGCCGCGCAUCACAGCAAGAUGUCCUUCGUAACAUCGACGCAAUGGUGUCCCGCAUGCGAGGUUUGAAGCGCAAACUUAAUGCGAGCGCCGCCGAGGAGGCUCGUCUGCACGCACAAACAGCUGCCCGCAUCUCACAUCUCGACGAACUAUACAAGAUGGAUACAGUAGAGGACGUUAAGUAUGAAACAUGGAGUAGGAAGAGGCUCGAUCGCCUUCUGGCAGACUACCUGCUUCGCCAUGGUUAUAAUGAUACAGCAAAGGAGCUGGCCGAGCAGCGUGGUAUUACCGAUCUCGUCGAUAUCGACACCUUCGUUGCUGCAAGUCGUAUCAGGGAUUCUCUUCUGAAGCAGAGCGUGGUUGAAGCUCUGGCUUGGUGCAACGAUAACAAGAAGGAGUUGAGGAAGAUGGAGAGUAAGCUCGAGUUCAUGCUUCGCUUCCAACAAUACAUCGAGCUGGUCCGCUCGCAAUCCUCGGCGAAACUCACUGAAGCGAUUGCUCACGCUAAGAAACAUCUCAUUCCUUACCGGGCCACGUUCCCCAGAGAGGUUCAGCAGGUCUGUGGCCUGCUUGCAUUUCCUCCUGGUGGUGCAUCCGCUGCCGCACCCUAUGGAGAUCUGUAUAAACCGUCCCGCUGGGCUGACCUUGCCGACCUUUUCACAACAACCCACAAUCAACUCCUUGCCCUUCCUGCAGUCCCACUCCUUCACGUCGCCCUUUCUUCUGGUCUGUCAGCUCUCAAAACACCUGCAUGCCACACGGAUCCGAUGCACUCAGAUAGCCCAUCUGCCCAAAGCACAUCCGACAUCGCAGCAGCAGCUUCGACUCUCGGCCACGGCGUUUGUCCCAUCUGCUCCACUGAACUCAAUGAGCUUGCCAGGAAUGUGCCGUACGCUCACCAUACCCAGAGUCAUGUAGAGCACGAUCUCAGGCUCCUGCCUAAUGGUAGCGUCUAUGGAAGGGACCGCCUUGAAAUACAGGCGAGGAAGAAUAAUUUGCCUUCUGAUCAGGUUAAGGACCUCCGGACAGGCGAUAUCUUCCCAGUUGACUCACUGAAGAAGGUUUAUAUCACAUAG